AUGAAGUUUCUCACCGGUGAUGACACCGGCCUCAUCAAAGUGGUCCACGUGGAGAAGCAGAAGGUGCGGGAACUCCAUGUAGAGGCUGAACGCUUUGGUCCACGACGGAAGGGCCAGGCGGUGCAACGCCUUUGCUGGGCUGGGCCAGCUGCAGCACCUGAGGCUGCACUGGCAGUGGCAUAUGAUUCCGGUGCCUUAGAGCUCCGAGACCCUCAAGGGAAUGUCUUGAGCACUGCCUCCACGGUGGCGGACGUGAAGUGUUUGCAGGCAUGUAGUGCUGGUCUACUUGCAGUGGCAAGUGAUGGGACUGGCAGCAUUGUGGCGGAAUGGGGCAAGGCUGAUGCCUACUCUGGCGAUCCUCUACGCUAUGCUGGAGGACCUUCGGCUGAAGUGGAGCAGUUUCAACUGCAGGCGCCAGUGGCACAUGCAGCUGUUGAUCCCAGCAGGCCGUCGAGGUUCGCUUUUGGCGGCUUGGAGAACGAUGUGAAGAUCUACGAUCUUGAAAGGAAAGAGGUCGUUUGGACUGCGAAAAACGUGCGCGAGGAUUCUCUUUGUCUUCGCGUGCCGGUGAAGGUGACAACCUUGGGAUGGGCAACAAAGAUGUGCCCGUCAAGAUCGUUGAUCACGUGUGGCACUGGUGAUGGAAAGGUCCGGGUCUACGAUGCGAAUGCGCAGCGAAGGCCUCUCUUUGAGCUGCUCAUCGGCUAUUUGGUGGGCACAGGUACAGGCGGCUACACAGGCACCAUGGAUGACACCAAGAGGCCUCAACUCUGCAGCAAAGUUGCGCAGAUUCGUGGCAAUGAUUGGGGUCUAUUGAUUGCAGACACCUUGGGCAUCAUCCGUGAGUACGACUUGCGCAACUUGCCCAAGAGCCAAGCUGCAACAGUGCCACCCGGGCGUAAGGCGCACUUGAAGCUCGCAAACAAGGAGCUUCCCUUUCGGCGCGGCUACAAGGGUACCAUGGGUGCCAUUCGGGACAUCGAUGUCCAUCCCAGUGGAGAUGCCAUGGCAGCUGUGGGCCUGGGCCGCUUCGCUUACGUCUUUCCCACCAAGGGCAAGCAGAUGUUGAGUAAGGUGUAUUUGAAGCAAAAGUUGAACUGUGUCUUGAUGUCCAGCGAAGCAAUGGUCAAGCCAAAGGAGGAAGAGAAAACCACUCAAGAGGAGGGUGAAGAAGAACAUCCGGAAGAAGAUGCGCUGGUCGAAGGAGGUGCUCCUGAGACAGAAGCGGCUGAAGAUGAAGUGGAGGAAGGUUUCUCUGAUGAUGAGGCAGAGAUGGAAAAGAACGCAGCGGAGAUGGGUGGAGAAGGAGCCCGGCGCAAACGGAAGAAGCAAGGGUCCGAUGCUGUUCAAAGUGCCAUGGAACUGGAUGGAACUGGCGUUUCGUUUAGAGCCUACGCUUCGGUUCGGUUCGCAGAGAUGAUCGGUUCGUUUCCGUUUCGUUUCACAGACGGUUUGUGA